CAAUUUUGAAAUUUACGCACUUAUCUGAUUAGAUCGUCAUAUAAAUUCUCCAAGGUGAAGUUUCUCUAUCAGUUGUGUUGUGAAAACAUUGCAAACUAUUCCAAAAUGUCGAAACUUAUCAUCUUAGCCCUUUGCGUCGCCUCUGCUUUGGCUGUGCCAUAUUCGGCAAAACUCGAUGGUUCCAUCAUCCGCACCCUUCACCCAUUGACCAACAUUGCUGAGAGUCUUUCCUUGUACGACACCAACAUUGCCGGAUGCGUUGAGGACUUGAAGAAUGGUCUGUUGGAAUCUUUCAAGAAGAACGGCUUAGCUGCUCGCGCAUGCGUCGCUGACUGCAUUCCUGAAGUAAUGCAGAUCCACGAAGAUGUCUGGCAGUCGCUUUUGGGUGCUAAGGCCGCCAUUGAAGCCGAGUAUGAAGUCUUCGCUGCUUGUGAAGAUGAUGAAUGCCGUAUGCAGUCGUUGCACAAUGUCGCACAGAUUGUAGCGCAGAAUGUGCGUGACAAUGCGCAGAUCAUUGAAGAUGGCGUCAAGGCUAUUGCUGCAGUUUAUCCUGAGGCUUAUGAAUGCACCAAGCAGGCUUUCGUUGACUUUGGUAAUGAGGUUCAUGCACUUGCACAGAGCUUCCUUGACUGUGUUAAGCCUUAAGCCUUCAGUCAAAUAAAAUUGUAUUUUUAUUGCAAUGAAGAAAUAAAAAAACAUUCUAUAAAC